UAUCUGCCUGUGCACGCGCGUAAGUGUGUGCGUGUCUGCGUUCUUACAGAUUGAACGCGGAGGUGCACCUGACCGUAAACGGAGACAAGCAGCCCAUCAUUCCUUUUUAAAGCCACUUGAGAGCCUGACCAAGACAAUGGAUUUUAAAGGUGAUAUUCAUACAAAUGGAACACCCAAAUCUGGCCAAGACAGUCUGGUAAAGAAAGAUCAUUUGGCUACCACAGGAGCAAGUUUUGAAAUGAAAAUGGGAGACCCUAUAGAUAAAACUGGUGGGAAAAAAGAAGACACCAGCAUAAUUUCUGGAUUGUCUGUAGGACAGAUUGGGAAUCAGUGCCAGGGUUCUCUGGGGGAAAAUGGUUUUGGCCAGACCCGUAAAACAGAUAUGUUUGCAGGUCUCACUCAGCAAGGAAUGAAUCCAAGUGCUAAUAUGAAUAUGGGACUGCCCCCCUUUCAGUCUUCUAAACCGCCCACAAUGGCUGAAUCUCAGAUGACAUCAAUUCUACCUUCUAAUGAACCGUCAAAACCACUCCUGGCACCCAAUAAACCAUCUGACACAAUCACUCACAAUAUCUUGGACAAACCUGCAGAGGAAUGCUCCUUGACAGGUCAGGCCAUGCUCACCCAUUCCCCCAACAAGGCAGAGCAAAGUCUCUCAGAACCUUUGGGUUACCAAGGGGUUCCACAUAAAGAAGCCACAUCAAAUGAAGGGUCAGAUGAGGCUGUACAGCAGAAGAAAAUGAAAUGUGAAACUACUGAAGAAGCAUAUAGUCUCUUGGAAUGCCUCAGAUCUCCUGAGAAAACCCAGUCUAAAAGCUCAAACCAAGAAGACUCAGCCCCUGAUAACGGUGAGAGCUGGAAGAGUGAAAUUCGAGAGUGGGGUGGUGGACGAAUCCAGGCAAAGAAAACUAAGACCAGAAUGAAGCUCCCUGAAGAGUGGGCCAAUAUACCAGAUUCAGCUACACUUCAAUUGGCCAUCGCAUCAACAAUAAUUCAGGAGAAUACCAUCUUACUGACUAACAACCCUGGUAUAUCUCAGAGCCCAAAUCUUACCUCUGGCCUUGAAGCAACUGCACAUGCCAUCUCUGGGCAAUUUGCAAACAACAAAACCUUCCAGAACAAUUCAUCUUUAAGUGGUCCCUCCCCAUCAGACUCUUCCAGCUUUGUAGUAAGCCAAAAUACUGCAGGUCCUACUUCCCUCACUUCUCAAACAAAGCACCAGGAACCACCACUGGCAAAGUCCCACCAAGUAAAAGAAGACACUACUGCAAAAGAGAAGAUAGAGAAAAUGGACACUUCUUCAAAGGCAGAUAUUAUAAACACACCUGAAAACACAGAGAAGGCUGACACCAAGAAAGUGGACAAUGUGGGCAGGAUCCAGGAGAAAGAGAAACAGGACUGUAAAACGGAGAAAAAUGGAAAACUUGAGAAAGUGAAUAAUACUGAAGAGAUAAAAAAGGACAUGAAGGAGGAGAAGAAGAAUGGUGGUGAAAAAGUGGAUAAGACAGUCAAGAAUGAGAAGAAUGUAAAAGCUGCCAAGGAGACCAGCAAAACCACUGCAUCUAAUGGAACUAAAGAUUUGAUCAGUCUUGAUAAAGUUAAGUCCAACAAACAGAAUUUGUCAAAACCAAGUUCACAUGUAACUGGAGAAAAUUCUGGCAUCACCUCCAAUUCAGCAAAUAAAAAAGGCCCUGUGGCCAAGAAAACAUCUCCUACUGGCACCAAGAAGCCUCCUGGCAUCAUUUCGUCCCAUUUGGCAAAGACCUCUGAGAACAAUACUUCAGCCCAGAGGAAGCCUCCAGUUCCAAAGUUUAAUGGGGCAUCAGCUCCAAAAGGCUCUGCUGGCACCAAGACCAGUACCUCCACAGUUAAACCCUCACUGAUGAAGACCUCUACAAAUGCAACUAGUGCAGCAUCAACUGAUGGAGCCCCUCGGCCCUCCCGCAUCACCAAACCUCCUGUGCCCAAACAGGUGCCCCAGACAAAGAAGCCCCCAGUGCCACGAGCACCACGCAACACUCGAAUCUCUAACACACCCAUGCCUGAUCUAAAGAAUGUGUCCUCAAAGAUUGGUUCCACAGGCAACAUGAAGUACCAGCCCAGUGGAGGAAAGGUUCAGAUAGUACACAAAAAAAUGGACUUCAGUCACAUCACCUCCCGCUGUGGCUCCAAGGACAACAUCAAGCACAUCCCCGGAGGAGGAAAUGUUCAAAUUCUGAAUAAAAAAGUUGAUUUAGGCAAAGUCUCUUCAAAAUUUGGCUCCAAGGACAACAUUAACCACAAGCCAGGUGGUGUUAAUGUAAAGGUUGAGUCCCAGAAGAGCAAAAUCAAGACCAAAACAGGAUCAAGGGAUGAUGUGAGCCAAGAGCCAGGAGGUGAUCAUUCUGAGAAUUUAGAAACUCAACAGAAAUCCGAACAAAGCCCACCUGCUCCAAACCCACCCAUUCAGACCAAUGAAGGGGUGAAGGAGACGGUACCCACUCCUGCACCCUCUGAAGGACAGGGACUCUGGAAUUCUUCAAGUCAAGACAAACACAUCUCUGCCACCAAUUGAAUCCUACAGGCUGGGCUUCCAAGAGGAUGCACAAGCUUACACGGAACCGUGGCACCAGUAUCAUCUCCUGGUCCCUUCCCGAGUGGCAGCCACCUUUCACCCACAAUGCAUUUGCAGUGUUUCUCUGAGCUCCACAGUCUCCUUCGUCUCAACCUAGCCUUGUUGCACAUAGUAGUUGGAAACGGGCUCGAAACCAGCACACUAGCAGAACAACAUGUCACACCAUUAUCAGUUACUUUUGACUUCUUUGACCAUUUUCUCUGUUUCCUCAGAUACACACAGAUUGGAUCUCAAUACAAGGCUUCAGCAGGUUUGUAGUCUCAUGGUUUUAGAGCUAGCUUGGUUUAAAUGUGCAGUGCUGGAUGAAAGCUGUAUUAGUUUUAUACUAACUAUACAGAAACAUGCAAGCUUAUACAUACCUUUCUAUUUCAAGGGUCAAAUUAAUCAAACAUAAUUACAGCAUCAGCUGGUCUAAUUAAGCCUAAGACUGAUGCCUGGCUCAAAAUAUUUUGCUGUCAUUUAACAAAAUGUGUAUGUCUAAAUUAUAUGCGAAGACACAUGAAUCUACCAGACUAAAAUUACAAUAUUAUAUAAACCCCUGGUUUAAAGUGAGUCAGUAUUACUCUGCACAUCUUCCAGUGGAAACUCCUAAGCAUUCAUUGAAAAGCCUGUAUAACACGCAUGCAACUGUAUGUUUAAUCCAUCUAAAAUGAGUAAAUUACAUCACUCCUUUGUCUGACUUGUGAGACUGUUAGAUUGUUAAUAUAAUGUGUUUGCACAGCUUGAGGUCAAAUCACUUGCCAACAUUUGUGGUAAUGAGUAGGUAAGCUCUUAAAAUGCAAGAACACACACUUGUCAAAAAUGAACAUAUAUACCAUAGUUCAGUGUACUGACAAAAAAUACACAGCUUAUUUAGGGUAUUAGAAGAAACCAGAGCUGAGGCAGGACAUUUGCAUAUAACAGGGAAAUAAUUUAACCAUGCAAAGCUCCUCCUUUUCACUUGCUCAAAUUGGAUUUUCUGUUUCUGAAAUAGCCAAGCAUGUGACUCUCUUAGAAUUCAGGUUAUUCAUUUAAGAACAUUCAACCAAAUGUACCACAAUGAAUAUUUUAAUAUAUUUCAUUUUAGCUCUAAGCCCCCCCCCACACACAUAUACACAACCGAGCAUGCUGGAUGCUUGAUAGUGCUGGAAUUUGAACUCCAAUCAAUCUGAAGUCUAAAAUUCUUCAUAUAAGAAUUCUUAAUAUAAAAUUCUAAUAUUCUAAAAAUAGCUGACUUUUUGGAAAAAAUACCAUACCGAGAUGCUACAAUCAUCAAAGCUCAUUUCCCAUCUGUGACGAAAUUUCCACACCCAUCACCUCCUUGUAUCCUCCUAACAUUUAAACACAGCCUACCAAAGAGGGUCCUGGUUAUCUAGCACAAAGCAAAAUCAUACAUCCUCAAACUUCUCCCCACAUGCACAUUAAACCUGCAUGUCGUGCUGAGGGUGUGGUCUUAUACAAAAAUUUUACUUGUGCUUAAAUAUCACUUUCUUCAAAAUGUUAAGUAUCGUUUAUCCAGCUACAGUGUAAGCAUCUAGCGAAUUAAAUCAGGCCAGGUAAUGUGAAUGAGGUCUUGCAAAGAGGAUUUGCCCUUUCAAGAUAGUUGUAUUAAUUAAUGCAAGCCUCUGAACGCAAGCCUGUGAAUAUAAUUAGUAACAUUUAUAUUCAAUACUGUGUGUACAUGCCUUUGUGCCUAGUGUGAAGUGUGUGAACAGUGUAUGAACAGUGUGCAACAGUCAUAUGUAUUCAUGCAUACAGUCAUACUCUCUUACUUUAAAUUAUCUCAAGCAUAAGGUCUACUAAUAGCUACAUCUCCAAACCAAACUAACCACUUCUUAUACAGUUCCACUGGCAAGUGAAAGACAAUGUAAAGGUUUUAAUUUAUGAUUAUAAAUUAUACACUAUAUACUGUAGAGCAUUUUUGGUGAGUGCAUUACCACCAGAAGGCUGCAGAAGGCACAAGGAACUGUAAUGUCCUGAAGGUUAAUAAAUAUGACAAGACAAUCCAUUUCUUUUUGGUAUUUUAUAGUGUGUUUUGUAGCGCAGAAAACUUAAAGUAAACAGCAAUAAUUUGUGAUUCAAAUUAUCUUGAUUGAUUUGGCAUGCCUUCACAAUAGAACAUUAAAAAAGUUCCUCUUGCUUUAAUAUUAUACUAAAUUAGAUAUUGUAUAAUUUAAUAUUAUAUAUUACAUUCAAUACAGAAAUACAAACUCCCCUUAUUUUUAAUAUAAGCACACUUAAGCAGUUUGAAGCAGAGGUACGAGAACAACAUGCAUGUGCUGUUGUAUCCUUGGAUUAGCACUAAUACAUCACAGUUGAUGCCACAUUAGUUUGCGGUGUGUUCAAAUGUUAAAAUAAUGCUCUGCUUAAUAAGCCCUAAAAGCACAAGAAAACAAUGCAAUGCAUUAAGAUAUUGAUGUUACAGAUAUAUUGCUGAGUGCAAACUUUGGUCAUUAGAACUUGUUUAAGGAAGCUACGCUUUGUCCCAAGUCAGGAAUCUGGCAUGAUCUGCAUAAAAGUUUGGUUUAAUCAGUGUUUUGAGAAUGCUCCCUGCCAUUUUUGGUCAAAUUUCCAACUGGCUGGGUACAAUUGAGUUAGUGUGUGGUGCCCAAUUAGCAUUUUCACCUACAAACAUACACAUUCUCUAUGAGAUUGAGGUCAUACACAAAUUUGGCCCUAUGCACCUUAAACUUGGCAGUUUAUGACAUGGGAGUAUAACUGUUGUGUUCUAUUUGGACAUGAAGCCCAAAAUUGUGAGCAACAGUUCUGUUUCAUGUAUAUUCAUCCAGGUAUAGAGCUUAUUUACAGUGUCUAAUGAUACUGGUAAUUAAGAUUAUUAUUUUUUUUUUUUGUACAAUCUGGGGAGUGUACUUUAAUAAAGUCCUUCUGGUGUUUGUUAAUAAAUGAUACAAAACGAGUAUAUGUACGAUGUAUCUGAACAUGUGGCAGUUGAUUAUGACCAAAAGGUUAUUGGAAAAAUGUUUUUCAUUGUAACAAAGCACAUUUCUGUUUAUCAAGCCCUAGUGUGAACAUCAGACUGCUUUUGUAAUUUAUUGUUUUGUGUUCCAGGUUAUGCAUGCUGGGGUUUCUUGGGCAUUCUUGUUGAAUGUAUUUAAUUGUGCUAUUGUGCUUAAAUGCUUAUUUCAGUGUUUUAACAGAAAUGGUUUCUGACAUCUUGUGGGUUGGACAGAACAACAGAUUGCAGAUUGCUUAACAUGAUUGUGAGGGGGUGAAGUGCACUCCUAAAAUAGGUUAACUUUGAAACAUUAUAUAGCAAUAAUAAUAAUAAUAAUACACGAUUCCCAUCCCAACUUAAAAUGUAAUUAAUCUUUCACUAUCUGAUUAAAAACAUACAGAUGUAUAAAAGCAUGAUCAGGAUCACAGCAUCUUCUUUUAAUAUCCACUCACCUGUUUAAUGGGAAUCAAAUUAGGACUCAUGAUAGGCAGAUGUGUCCUUGAGUGUCCUUUAGGAAGUAGAAGGAUGAAUAUAGGAUAAAAUGUAUCUUCAAGCCCACCAAUGUGGUUGCCUUCAUCUGCUGCUUCUGAUAUGUAGAGUGUGAAGGUAUCAGUCAGUCUAUAUUGUCUUUGACAAAAGACCAAGUCUCACAGUGGACUGUAUAAAGUAUAACACAGUGACAUGAGGCAGCUCCAGGAUGUGUAUGGCUGUGUGUUUACUCACUAUUUAACUCUCAAUUUAGAAUGAACUUUAUAUAUUGUCUUGUGCUGAACAUAUUGUUUUGAACUGUUUUGCCUAUUAAAUGUGUACUUUGUUGUGGUUGUCAAAUAUAGAUGUGAAAGUUAAUCAUUAAAAAUGGCUAGCAAGAAA